AUGGCUUGCACGAAAACUAAGCGUAGAGCCCGCACCCGCACUCAGCGGUUCACUUCGAAUGUCUUUUCCAUGUUUAAUGAAGCUCAAAUUAGCGAAUUCAAGGAAGCGUUCCUAAUGAUUGAUUCAACUAAAGAUGGUGUCAUUGAUAAACAUGACUUAGAAGAUAUUUUUAUUUCCUUGGGAAAAUCACCAAGUGAUGAAUAUUUAAACGAUAUGCUUUCACAAGCACCUGGUCAAAUAAAUUUCACAAUGUUUUUAACAUUAUUUGGUGAGAAAAUGAUGGGGUGUGAUCCGGAAGAAACGAUUUUAAAUGCCUUUGCUUGUUUCGACCCUGAGGGGACAGGUGUAAUAAAUGAAAAACGUUUACGUGAAUUAAUGACUACAAUGGGGGAUAGAUGGUCUAAUGAGAAAGUUGAUGAAUUAUUCCAUGGUGCACCGAUUCAAGAUGGGAAUUUCGAUUAUAAAGAAUUUACACGAAUGAUUAUGCAUGGUCAAGAAGAAGAAGAAGGUCAAACGAAUCAAACUUAAUUUUAUUAUCAACUAAUCCUCUAUAUAACUGACAGCAAAUUGAAUUUUAUACUCAUCACACUUUCUAACUUUCCAAUAUAUAUAUACACGUAUACAUUCAUUUUUGCUUAUCUGUUGUAUUUCUUUUUUACAUUCCAUUUUUACUCUACUUAUUGCUUGCUCCUAUUUGUGCCUUGAUGAAAAUUACCAAGAAAUAUAUCUUAAAAUGCACUGAAUCUUUUCUUUUGAGUGAAUUACAUAACACUAAGUUAUUUUACAAAUGACAUUUUGUUGUGAACUCAAGUACUUUUGUCCCCUUCAUUAAGUCAUAGUUUUUAUGUCAUCCUUCAAUUUUGAAUUUGAUUUUCGUGUCAUAUUUCAGGAUCGAUACGAAGAGCAUUAAUAGUCAGUGAAAUCCUCAUUCAUCAAGUUAAACCAUUUUCAAUAUCAUAUCUCAGAGUUGAGCUUUGUAAUUAGACUGUUGAAAGUUUAACUCGUCCCUGAAUAGGAAACCACUAGAGGAGUAUCAUUGGUUAAUAAGAUUACACCUUCUUACGUACUGGUUUCCUCGGCAUUUAAUGUUGACUGGAGCGGUUUACUAAUAGAAGGGUUCUGAUUGAUAUGUAUUUUGGAUGUAAAUCAAACUAGUAAGAUCUCAAAUUAUUGAUCUGCACACCUACAGGUCUGAUGUUGAUGUUCAUGAAAUGGUAGAGAUAUUUAUGCUUCUUCGGAUUUUUUCCAAGUUGAAAAAUAUGCUGGUCGUGUCUUUCUCACGUAUAAUUCAUUGUUUUGUAUUAGAAAUAUCAAUGACCAUGUAAAAAUUGUCUAGUACGCUUUCAUAUGUACAAAUCCUGUAAAUACUGUGGAGCUGCUAAUACUGGUAAGAAAAUCGGUGUCUGCGAAAUUAUUCUUGAAAUUCGAAUAUCUAGGUUACGGAAAAAUAGCUCUACACGUAAAUACAAUACGUUGUUCUUAAAAUUCGACGAUUUCAUGUUACACCAAAUAAUAUGUAGUUCAUUCCAGGAAGACAUUUCCUGAAACCCGACCGUUGCUGCUACCU